CCUCCCCCAACUCGCUACCCGUACCUCUGGAAGUACACAAAACUCCCCCUCACGAAGAACAACACAAAAAACAGUAACUCUACAAUCAACAUAUCGUCAUCAAACAUGUCAAGCAACACCACAGACAACAACAGCAACAACCAGGACAGCACGGACAAGUCCAAGUCCUCCGACUCGUCCACCUCCUCUACAAGCAUCAUCACAUCUGUUGGCGGCGGCCAGGCCCGUUUCCCUAGCGGCGGCGGCGGCAGUUUCAACAGGUUCUCGUGCAAGCGCAGAAUCACCCACAACUGUAACAAUGAUGUGUACUGCAACGGCCACGCCUGCGCCAUGUGUCCGGCCAAUCUGACAACCAACCAAAUCCCCCCCCCACUCCCCCCGCGCUUUGCACGCCGCAAUUACAGGUACAUUUAA